CCGCCUGUCACGAAAAUCCGACGGAGGCUGUGUCCUGCGCCUCCACAAUCCCCACCGCUACGUCAUCAGGGCUACGAGUCUCCAUGCAACCAGCUAUAUAAACCAUGGCCCAUCGCCAAGGUGGUACAUAGUCCUCCCCUCCAGUUUAUGAAUUGACGACCGCUGCCACGACCACACCAAAAUCAGAUUCCAAUCUUCCACCUUUCAUCAUAAGCAAUCAUGCCCUUGUUCAAGAGCAAGGAAAAGAAUACGCGGGCUCAAGCGGCUGAACAGAAAGGUCGUCACGACCCCAACCAAUACGAGAGCCGCGGUAUCGAUACCAAUACCGUUGGAGGCACUACCGCGCUCGCCGGUACAGGCGGCGUUCCCUACGAGAAUGACGGUACUACGCACGCAGUUGGUAGUGGUGGCCACCAUACACUCGGUAGCGCAUCGGGCCGUACGGGAUAUAACGACACUACCGGAUACGGCAAUACCGAGCAGCGUAUUUCCCCGACGGACAACGUUAAUACCAGUAACUUGCACGGCGGUGGCGGCGUGCGCGGAGCGGAGGGCCGCGUGGAGCAGAAAGUCGGCGAGCUUAUCGGAAGCCAGGCGUUGCAGGCGAAGGGCGCAGAGAAAGAACAGGAAGCGCAGGCGUUCAAGGCGCAGAGUUCCGAGCUUGCUGAGGCUGAGCGACUUGAGCGUGAGGCAGUCAUGCGCAGGGAGCGUGCCGUUGCACAGGGUGCACACCCAGCGAACAAGCAACUCGGUGGACCGGAUGGUGUUCGGGGUAAUGACCAGACCUACUGAGGGAGAUAUACCUCUAUCUAAACAUGGCUAUAUAUCCUGUAGGAUAAUGUCGCUUUUUGAUCAAUAAGUGCAAUUUUGUGGAGAGGAAAGUGAUGUUGAGGGGAAGGUUGGAUUAUUGUGGAACGAGAAUUGAUGAUGGUUAC